AUGGCUCUCCUCAAGCGCAAACGCUCCGCCGCAGCGCUCUCAUCCGGCCCCGACUGCAGCAGCUCCAUGAUGGCCCUCGACGCGCCGGCCCUGCUGCACAGCCGCACCCUCAAGCGCUACCGCGACAACAGGCCGUCGGACGAGGAGGUCCAUCAGCACACCCUGGGCCUCCUGUACUCGGCACAGCAGAGGCAGCAGCAGGACCACCAGCAUCAUCACCAGCACGGUGUCGCCGCCGUCCCCGCGGACCAGAUGCUGCUUCCCGAAGGCUCGAGCUCCUCCGACCCGAGUCCCCUCCCGACGCCGACGUCGUCCGCGUCCGCGUCGGCACAUCAGCACGACGGCCAGCAGCAGUCGCUGCACCGCUUCUGGAACAUUGGCUCCCAGCCCAGCUCCGGCACGUCGUCGCCCGGCCUCGCCGAUCCCUCGCGCGCCCUGGCGACGCCCACCGCCUGCGACGACUGCGGCGCUCCGCUGGCCGGAUCCGACGGUGGUGUUGGCGGCGGCGACGACAUGGGCAUGGACCUGGACGGCGGCGCGGCGCAGGACACGGCGUGCGGCGCCUGCGGGAAGCACGUCUGCUUCAGCUGCUCUGUGAGCAACCUCGGCGAGGAGAAGCGCUGCCUGCAGUGCGCCGGCCGGAGGGUCUGGAUCGGCGGCAUUGGCUGGACGAAUGCCGGCGUGCCGGUUUGCUAA